AGGAGGUUCAUACUUUACUCUCUUUAUCUAUCUAUCUAUCUAUCUCUCUCUCUCUCUCUCUCUCUCUCUCACACACACACACACACACACUCACACACACAUCUUUAUCUUCAUGCUUUUGUUCACUUUGUAGUUUCUUGGAUGAAAUUCAGACUCAGUUAUCAUGAACAACAUAGUUUUAGCUUGUUUUCUUCUGUUGUUGGUGAACCUAUCAGACACAGCUGAAUUUCAAAUUCAUCAGAAGCCCAGGUUUUAUGGCGUCAAAGUGGGAAAACUUGUAGGAUUUACGUGUUCUGCUUCUGAUCAGACUCUUGGUCAGGUGGUGGUGAAGUGGUACAAGUUCAGUAGUACAAGUGAAGUAGUGAACAUUAAUACUAAGUAUGAAUUUACGAAUACCAGAGCAUGUAAGGAGUCAGGUAACAUGAAGAGUCAGUUAUUCAUCCAGGACGUACAGGUCAAAGACAGUGGCAUUUACUACUGCAUGAUGAACCAGACAUUGGGACCUGGAACAGAGCUACAAGUGUUCAGACAGGGCAAACCGGAAGUAGCUGAAAGAAGGAACUAUAUCAAAGACAUAAUCAUUUAUUUCCAGAGUUUUCUCCUCCUACUGUGUAUAAUUGUUCCCUUGGUCUGGUAUUAUAGACUGGAGCAUAAAGAGGAAGCUGUAUACGAAGAGCCUGAGCAUGAUCAUACAUAUGAGGGUUUGGACAUCGAGCAUUGUGGAGACCUCUAUGAAGACCUAACUGCAUUUGCUCCAGCCCCAGAUACAGAUGCAGCCUGGGAAAUCGAGUCUCCAGAACAGGAGUAAUAAAGUGGUGAUGCAGAGUACAUCUCAUGUUAACAUAGUUCUAGUCAAUCUUUUUCUUUGUGGAUUGAUAAAUUAGGAACACGAUACAGUAAUACAUUACAUUAAAUGCAUAUUACAAAAAAGUUUUUUAUUUUCAUUAUGUGCUUCAUUUUCCACACAAACGCUCAAUAUAUAAUAUAAUAUAACAUAAUAACAAGUCUUGCACUUACAAAGCAAUUAGUUCCUUUCCUUUGUUUCAUUAAAAUAGCAAGAUCUGCUUUUUUAUUCACCAGCUUAAGCUUAUUCAUUUAAUGGUGCUGUGUACAUUAGGAAUGAACAUAUUUUGUAGAAAAUCUUGAUGGAAAUUCCUGAAUAUGUGAUUUGUUCCACCAGAAUAAAGACACGUGGCCAUCA